AUGGCACCACGGGUACAGACUUAUCGCUCAGGAGGAUCGGCCAGAUCGAUUGUUAUCGUCUUAUUCAUUGUCUUGGUAGUCUAUGUAUUCUUCUUCGGUAACAAACGGAAGAAAAGUUCUGCUUCCGCUGGUGAUGGUGAUUCUAGUAGCGACAGAGCGAGGAGGCAUCAACAAGGAGGGGAGGAUAGAUUUAAUCCCGAUAACCCAAAUGAUGACAGAAGAUAUUCAGGCGAUCCCAAGAAUGACAAACGGCAAAAGAAGGAUAAGAAAAAAAAAGUUGAAUGGGAACAACCCAAUACUGUACCUCCACUUAGUGCAGUACCAGAUCAUCGAACUGCUUCACCUACCAGAUCGGCUUUCAGGAAAAGAGGUCCGGAUGAUAGUUUACCUCCUUCACCGAAUACCGCGAAAAAGAAUGGCAUUAAAUGGGUUGAUCAAGAAGGUAAAUCACCUACUGAAAUUACGAAACAUUUUCGAAAAUGGAAUGAUUUUAGUAGUUUGACUGAUGAAAGUGAUAAACCGUAUCAACACAAAGAAAAAAAGCCUGAAGGCCCCUCUAAGGGUGUACCUAACCCAAUUCGAUGGUCAGCUUCAGCUUUAUCCAACAAACAAAAUCUCUCUUUGCCUGCUGAUCUAUUGAAGAUAAUGGCAGACAUAGAAAAAAUUGCAUCGGCGAAGCCUGGUGAUCAGAAAUUAUGGGGAAUGGCAUUACAGGAUUCGUGGGAUGAUCACCUCGGUUCAAUACCUAAAGUGGCGGUCAACAUCGCAGCAGAAUUAGCCAAACAUAUAACCAGAAAAGAUGUAAACGCAUUAUCGAAGAAAAUGAAACAACGUCAAAAAAUAGGGAAGACACCAGGAAAACCUAAGAGGGAUAAACAUCGAGAUUUUAAUGCUUUCACCAAGAAUAUUGGUGUCGAUAUGAACGCACCUGAAUUCUCGUACAAGUUGACAUUAGCUUGGUAUUUAGAUACCAUGAGAGCUAAAGCUUAUGACACUAAUAUGGUUAUUGAUGAUGAAUUCGUUCCGAUGACUAAUGAUCCUGAAACAGAAAAGAUAUCGCAUAUAUUAGGUUGGAUGGAAUACCUUGGAUAUCUAAAUAAAGUACAGCGUUUAUUCGUGGGAUUAGAUUUAUCUGGAUUAGCAAUGCGUGCACAAGCAAUGUCAGAAAAUGGAGGACUUCGAUUAGAUCUAACUGUUUUUUUACCUUGCGACGAAGAUAUUGAAGAACCACGUGAAUACGCCAGAAGACUUUUAGAUUCUUGUGGAGCUUUUAGAAUGUUCCAUGUCGACAUCGUCAAAUCUCUAGAUCGAACAGAACACGAUGUGAUUGAUCAAGAUCCAUUCACGAGACGUAGACUGAUUUUUAGACCUGGUUGGACAGUCAAAGGUGUCGAUAGUAGCAAAUUAUCAAGUCCAACACCUGAUCAUUCAAUCGCACAAAAGAUGUUGAUAACAAGAGAUCCGAUCGUCAUUGAAUUACCUGAAAAAAUCAGAAGUAAAGUACCAAAUAGAUGGAUUGCAGCUAUGGGCUCAUCUUCUUUCAGAAAAGUUUUGACUAGAUUAUCACCUGGUGAAAUUGUUUUCCAGAAAAAUAGACAAUAUACAUGGGAUAAAGCUUCCCUCACUCCGAAAAAUAGUACAUUGUCACCUGCAAAAUUCUGGUUAGCAUGGCAUAUGUGUGGAGAAUCACUACACAGAUUCAAAGGCAAGAAAGGGAUAGAUGAACAAAUCACUUCAGCUGAUUAUGUUAGAUCAUUGGAUCUAGCAGGUUAUGUACCUUUACAUAUGAUUAAACCACAUCCAACAUUUCUGACAAUUGAUGGUUAUCCAGCUUUGGAAAUACUCGUUCUGGCUUAUAUACCCUUAGGUCAGCAAGGUUCAACGAUAGAACUCAUCCUAAAUCCCAAAUAUGGAUUGAGGCAUGAAUUGGAUAGAACAAAAAAACCUACACGUCAUCUAAGCCAACCUGUGAAAUUGAAACUUUUCAUAUCGAUAGCUAAUAUCCAAGUGAAAUUACAACUCCAAGAUGACAUAGACAAAUUCUUGACGCUGUCUGCUGGAGAAGGACAAGGUGAAAAUGUUUCGGAUCAUAUACAACAUACGUUGAGUAACGUAUUCCUCGUUGAUCAAAGUACUGCUGGAACGGCCGGUGAAGGAAAAGUACCUAAAGGGAUCAAGUUGAAUUACGUUUCACCAGAUCAGAGAGGUAACGCAAGUCCAACAAACGAUGAUGGAUGGCAUACUCCACCUGUUUAUGAAACGCAACCCCCUGUCCGACCAUCUGCAACUCCUCCAGGAGGUCAAGGACCAUUCCAGCCUCCUCCAGCUCCUCCCAGUCCUGGAAAUCCAGCCAGACCACCAGGUCCAGGUCCCCAAAACUCCCAAGGACCUUUCAGUAUUCCCCCUAGUCCAGGAAGGUACCCGCCUCUUCCACCUCGAGCACCUGCCCCCACCCAACAAAAUGGACCCCAGCCCGGAGCCAAUACGCAACGCCCGGAGACUAGAGAAGAAAAGGCAGAGAGAGAAGCACAUGACCGUGCUAAAGCUGCUGCGGACGUUGAAGUCAAUGAAACACUGAAUAGACAAAAUAAUCCCGUACGCUCCUCAGGUUACCAAUCUCCGAGUGUGGAAGAAGUCCCGGACGAAGAUUUGUACAAGCCUCAGGGACGGUUUGGGAAUCUAAGAGAAUCUCGAAAUAAGCCAAUGUGA